AUGGGCUACAGCUACAGGGUAACUCUGAACCAAAAUCCGGAUUCCGAAGAAGAGAAAACAGCAAUCCUUAAUGCUUGCCACAAGCGAUGUGCUGAGCGCACGCUUCAUGUGUUGGAGAAAAAUGGGUCGAUAUUUAUAAAACUUGGUCAGCAUUUGAGUAGUAUGGGCUAUUUAUUACCGUUGGAAUGGACGACGACUUUCAUCCCGUUACAAGACAAGUGCCCCGUUUCUUCGUUUGAGUCGGUGGAGGAGAUGUUUGUGAAAGACACCGGACACCGGAUAGACGAAUUGUUUUCCAGCUUUGAAAGAGACCCGAUUGGCGCUGCAUCACUUGCGCAAGUACACGUUGCAGUUUUAAAGGGGUCAGGACGAAAAGUAGCUGUGAAGGUACAGCACCCAACGUUAGCGGAAUGGGCUCCCUUGGAUUUGGCUCUCACAAGGUUUACAUUUUCAACAUUGAAGAGGUUUUUUCCAGAGUACGACCUAGAGUGGCUGUCAAAUGAAAUGGACUUGUCAUUACCCCAGGAGUUGGAUUUUCGAAUGGAGGCUGACAAUGCAAACCGAGCGAGGGAAUACUUUCGGACAAGGACAAAAGCGCCGCUGGUUAUUCCAGAAGUCAUGUGGGCAAAACAGCGGAUUUUAGUGAUGGAUUUUAUCUCUGGCCACCGACCGGACGAUCUCGAAUUUUUAGAUGCCAACAACAUCGAUAGGGAUGAAGUAUCAGCUGCGCUGGCCCACAUUUUCAACGAGAUGAUUUUUGGCGAUGGAGCUCCGCUUCACUGUGACCCUCAUGGGGGUAACAUUGCAAUCCGCAAGAAUAACUCCCGACGCAAGCCCAAUUUUGAAGUCGUACUCUAUGACCAUGGAUUAUACCGCGAUAUAUCUAAAGAGGUCCGACGGUCAUAUGCCAAACUCUGGCUUUCUAUCGUAGAUGCGGAUGAGAAAGGAAUGCGAAAAUACGCACACGAAGUCGCUGGCAUAACAGAUGAUCAGUUCCCCUUAUUCGCUAGCGCCAUUACAGGCCGAGAUUACACAGUUCUGACCAAGAAUUCAAUCACAUCUUCCAGGUCUGUAGAAGAGAAAGAAGUUAUGACAGAUGCCUUGGGCGAUGGAAUGCUACAAGAGCUGGUUAGUUUGCUGGGUAAAGUGCCGAGGAUUAUUCUCUUGAUUCUUAAAACCAACGACUUGACUCGUUCUCUGGAUGAAAAUCUCCACACUCGCCAUGGCCCGCUUCGUGCAUUUCUCAUUCUCGCUCGCUACGCAACUUGCACUGUGUUUGAAGAACAGAUGGAAUCUAUUCGCCAGCACGGCAGCAUUUUUUGGCCUAAGAAUCUUAUGCGUUAUAUAUGCGCCUGGACGAGUUAUCUUCGGGUGGAAAUAAAAUUAGGGAUCUAUGAGCAGUGGUUAUCUAUGAGGGGAAGGUUGGGACUGGCCAAUUAG